ACAUUUUAAAAUAAACACACAGCUAACCGCUAACUGCUAUCUGGGCUUCGCGAAGGUGCGAGCGCACUGCGCCAAAAACACGUUCAGAUUAGUCUAAGUUGUAAAGAAGUAAAGUAUAUUUAGCGGGGCGUCGUCCAUGCAACGUAAAUCCAAGAGGCUACACAAUACCGAAGAUGUUGAAGAGUCUGACACAGAGAAGAAGAAUAUAACUAAACGCCGCGCAGGUCAGCUCCUGUCCAGGCACAUCGGUCCAUGUUUGUAUGGACCUUUGGGAUAGCGUGAAGAUGGCUGACUCAGACAAGGCAGAGGAUUUUGUGGAUGCAGAGUGCCUUGAUGAAGCACAGUCAGCCACAGGCUCUGUUCAGGGAGAGCAGGAUGAGCAUCUAAAAUCAGAGGCCACCACCAGUACCAGCUCACCGCCAAGGGAAAAGGAGGGAGACAGCCCCUUGACUACAGAGGGCGAGCAAAGUCUCCUCUCAAUGCCAUGCCUGAUGAAGGAGCUCCGCCGAGACUCCCCAGAGUCCCAGCAUGCCUCCACAGAGAGCGACAAGCCUGUAUCCCAUCAUGUCUAUGAGAGCGACUCCUCAAACAACUGCAUGCUCUCCCCCUCAUCCAGUGGCCACCUCGCCGACUCAGACACGCUCUCCUCGGGGGACGAAGGGACUGCUCCUCCCAUCGGAAAAGAUGAAGAUGGCAACAUGGAAGCUGCAAAUGAUCCUGGGCAGACAGCAGGAAGGCAGUCGUCGUCUACGUCUACAGGGGGGAGGAAGUCCCGACGGUCACGUUCAGAGAGCGAGACGCUGCCUAAUGCAAUGGCUGCAAAGAAAAAUCGUUGCCAGCCCAUCUCAGUAGCAGCUGGAGGGCAGGAAAAACAAACCAAUGGCAAGCUGGCAAAAGUGAAAGGUCACCGUAGCCAGAAACACAAGGAGCGAAUGCGUUUGCUGAGGCAAAAACGGGAGGCGGCAGCACGGAAGAAGUACAACCUGCUGCAGGACAGCAGUACGAGUGACAGCGAGCUCACGUGUGACUCCAGCACCAGCUCCUCUGAGGACGAGGAGGACGACACUUCAGGAGGUAGCAAGACAAUCAAGACAGAUAUAACAGACGCUCUUCCAGUAGUGGGUCACUUUGAUAUUUCAGACACUGAUUCUAACCAGGAGAGUGUGAGUGUGGAGACAGUCCGGCCCACGGUGAUAAAGCAUGAGCUAAAAACACACAGAGGCCGGGAUAUGGCAGCUCGCCCUGGGUGUAUAGGAGCUCUGUGCUCUCUCUCAGGCCACGUGGAGGCAGAGCUGUCGCACAAGGAAAGUUCUCAGCGCAACAAGGGCCAGAUUCACAUUGCCACCUCUGACAGCGAGGUGGAGAUAGUCGGAGUGCAAGAGAAAGCACGAUGUGCCCAUCCAUGCGGAGGAGUAAUAAAGAGUCUGUCCACCUGGAAGGAGAAGUCAGUGGAGCAGCUAAACAGCACAAAUCAACCACCGCUCUGGACUACUGUUUCCCCCCAGCCCAACUGGGUGUCCCCACCUGAAGUGGUGGACCUCACCCUGGACGAGGACGCCGGACACAAAUACCUACUUUAAACAACUCGUACACUGAAGACUCCUCAUUUCUCCUCCUCCUCCUGCCUUGCCUCCAUGUUGCGGCUGAAACCCCUCCUGUAGUCGCGGCCUCGCCUGUCACCGCUCGCGGACUCUUCCCGCUCCAGAGCACCUUUUUGAUUUUCUUUUACUUACUUUUAAACAGUCACACUUAUUCCCGCGAUCUGAAUUUAGUUCUCUUUUUGGCACAGCACUUCAAAGUGUACGGCGUAUUUAUCUGUUUCUGAGAGCAAUAUCCCAUCAUGUAAUACCCCAACGCCCCCUGGUUUAGUGUUGUGCGCUUGCAAGCCGUAUCGCGACAACGUCAAGUUGCUGCUGGAGAGCAGGUCGGUAUCUGCUUCACUCCACUCUGAACGGCAUAUUCUUUAAUCUGCAGUCACCUGUGGUCGAGGCGAUGAAGGCAGCUGGAACUCUUUUCUGCGGAGCACAACUUUCGCUCUGUACCAGUAGAGGAUCCAUUUUGUUUUUCCAAAGUCUCACCACUGGUUUUGCGGUUGGUCCAGUCUGCACCGAUGGCUUUGUGUCACGCUACUGUGUGCAGCAUCGGUACAGCUCGUGCUCUGCUGCUGCCGGAGGGGAGAGUUUAGGUUCUUUUUAAAGAAAUAGUUUCACAUUCUGUGGAUUCCCCUCUUUCACUUCAUGCCGAAUGUCAGAUGAGAAGUUUGAUACCACCUUCAGACACGAGUGGCGCCCAUCCUCCAGCAUCAAGGAGAUUAAAUGCGUUUCCCUUAAUCUCUUGUUUUCUCCUCUACCAUAUUACAACUAGAACGGGCACUCGGUAGAGUGCAUACCUUCGCAUAUCACAAGAUUGGGCAUUGAAUUAUGAACAUUUUGGCAUUAGUUGCAUGCCAAUUGGACACAAAUGUAUCGUGCUAUGGUAAAAAAAAGAUUUUGACCUUUCCAUGACCUUGACCUUUGACCCGAUUGAUCCCAAAAUCUAAUCAAAUUGUCCCCGGAUAAUAAACAAUCAUCCCACCAAAUUUCAUGCGAUUCGGUUCAAUACUUUUUGAGUUCUGCGAAAGAUUUUGACCUGUUCAUGACCUUGACCUUUGACCCGAUCGAUCCCAAAAUCUAAUCAACUGGUCCCCGGAUAAUAAACAAUCAUCCCACCAAAUUUCAUGCGAUUCGGUUCAAUACUUUUUGAGUUUUGCGAAUAACACCCAUACAAAUAAAUAAAUAAAUAAAUACACGGCGAUCAAAACAUAACCUUCCGGCAUUUUCAAUGCGAAGGUAAUAAGACAUAAACCAACUGUUCAGACUCGACACGUUUCCACCAUAGCACAGAUGUGCUAUUUUGGCAAUAGAAAUGCUGCACGUCGUCUCCCAGGUGACGUAGUCGGCAGCGAAUGUAUGACCCGCCGGGCAGACUGGCUGCACUUGAUGUCUGCCGCUCACCUUCUUGAGCGGACACCUUUUAAACCUCUGGGGACCCCUUCAUGACAACGGAAGAACAGCAUCCUCCGUGUAAUACUGCAAAGCGAGAUGGCCCGAAUGCCUUGAAAAGUGCACUAUUUUCUUUUGGACUCGUACAAAGCUUAUUCUUUUACCUUACAGAGCAGUGAAUUUUGCUAUCGACAAUAAAUAUUUUAAUAAUAGAUGUGAAUUUAGCACAAAUAAAAACAACCUAAGUGGUGUUGAGUUACAGUAGAACCCUUUUCUGUGUGGCCUGUUUCCCCCGGAUCCUCGGGGCCUGCUUGCUCUUUCCUUGUGGUCUUAUUUUUGUCUUCAUGCUGAACUGCAGCCACACUGGAUCUAUGUAUCCAAGACCCAACUUCACACUGUUAGAACACCUGAGAGUUGUGUCAUUUCAUAUUUAACAUCUACUUUCCAAAAGAGAUGUCUGAGAAUUGUAGAAUCAAAUUAUUUUACUUCUGCUGGUCACAGAAGGGAAGAAAAAAAUAUAUAUAAAAAAGGAACUAAACCAAAGUCUAAAUGGAUUUUUCUUUUCUUUCUGGGUUUAAAAUGCGCUUCCUUAGUCUAAAUAUUUUCAUUUGGAAGUCGAUGCAUUUGUUGUGAAAAGAGGUGGCGUGAACUCUUUCAAACCCGAUCGGUUCAGUGUGAUGUGUGUUCUGUUUUCCUCCGGCCAGUUCUUUCCACGAUAUGCAGCGACCACUGUCAUGACAAUUAUUUUACCGGACCACUUCUGCUUGCAAAAAAACAUUUUGCCAUAGUCCCUUAGGAUUAUUAUAUAUGUUGGUAAGACUCGCGUCUCUUGUGAUAAAGGUUGAGGGCAGUGCUGCCCGACUGGUUGCACAUCGCAUGUUUGGUCACAUCUUUAACCUCAAGUCAGAUAUUAUCCUCAUGACCAGUCAUUUAGCUUUGCUCUUCUGUUAUUGUUUUAUUUUACUGUCAGUAUUUUUAUUUUAUUUUUAAGGGGUUUAUUUUGUUGCUUUUGCAAGUCCUUGACUUCCUUGAAAUGUCUGUAGAACAAAAAGAAACUAUUUUAAAACUAAAUAAAUAGAGCGUUAUUUAAUGAGACUCUUGUACAGCAGUGCAUUUCCUUCUCUAAUAAACAUUCAUUUUACAAGCAG